AAUAUAAGUGGAUUCUUGGGAAGGAUUUGUGGUCCUAUCCUUAAAACGCAAAGUGGCUAGUUGUGCCAUUUGCCAGCUCAGGAACCAUGAGGAAACACAGAGUGUCUUAUUCAUGGCAGAUCCUGAAGAAAGAACUGGGGCUGUACCAGCUCACCAUGGAUAUCAUUGUGAUGAUCCGAGUGUGUAAAAUGUUCCGCCAAGGACUCGGGGGAUUUCGGGAAUAUCAGAUCAUUGAGACUCCUCACAGAAAGCACCCUGUCUUUUCCUUCUGGGAUAAAAGGAAGCAAGGCCGAAUCACAUUUGAUACCAUGGACUUCGUUGCAGAGGAGCGUCACUUCCCUCCAAAAGCCAUUCAGAUCACACAGAAGCUGCCUUCCUGGAGGACAGAGCCUGAGAUCCAGGCCCUCUGUAACGUCCUGCAGGUUCUGAACAGCUACCGCAACUAUUCAGAGCCCCUCCAGCUGCUCCUGGCCAAAGUCAUGCGCUUUGAACGGUUUGGUCGCAGACGUGUGAUGAUCAAGAAGGGGCAGAGGGGCAGCAGCUUUUAUUUCAUCUACAUGGGCACAGUCGCGGUGACUGAGGACGAGGACGGCAGCAGCGCCUUCCUGGACCCCCACCCGUCGUUGUUGCACAAGGGCGACUGUUUUGGGGACUUAGGCCUUCUGAAUACUUCAGGCAGGAAGUCCACCGUGGUCUGUAUGGAAGAAACAGAGUUCCUGGUUGUCGACAGAAAAGAUUUCCUUGAUAAUAAGCUGGACCAGGAAUUCCAAAAGGAUGCUCAGCAUCAGUUUGAAUUUUUCAGGAAGAUGGAUCUGUUUCAGUCGUGGUCUAAUGAGAAGCUGUGGAAGCUCGUAACCCUGGGGAAGGUGGAGAAGUUCUCGUAUGGGCAGCUAAUCACAAAAGACUUCAUAGAGUCACCCUCCAUCAUGUUUGUCUGCAAGGGAAGCUGUGAAGUCCUGCGUCUGAUAGACCUUGGGACCUCGCCUUUCUACUACAAGUGGAUCUGGCAGCAUCUGAAGCUGAUAGAUGACACACCUCUGAAGACCCACCUCAAUGAACCUUCUCCUGUGGAGAGAUUUAAGGAAUUCCAGAUCAAAUCAUAUCCUGUACAGGACUUUAGUACUCUGAAACUUAAGCACCUCCAGAAAGCCUGGGAACAACAGGGGUCCAGCUUCAGUAGGACUAACACCUCAGGAAAUACUCUCCCAAAGACCUUGGGCCCGAAGAUCAAAUCUAGGCAACCACAUUCGCUUGAAUGUCCCAUGAUCAAUACCAAGUAUGGUGAUCUCCCUGAGGAGGCUGCAGUGGGUGCCUACAUCAAGAUCCACACUGUGGAGGAAGGAGAAACUGUGGGCCUUCACCAGAUCCUCCUUCCGAAGAACCAGUGUGACAUGCGGCCCCUGGUCCUUGUGAGCUUGGGAGCCGAGGUAAUACGGAUGAGGAAAGAAAAAUUUUGGGAACUGGUUGACAGCGAGGUAAAAGAGAAGUUGUACAGCUUCCAGAUCAAGUACCCCAGUGAUGAAGAUCUGUGCCAGAAGUUCCUCCAGGAGAACAGCUGGAAUAUCUUUCGGAAAGACCUCAUGCGGCUACUGGUGAAGCCUCGCCAGCAUCCACCAUUCAUCCCAAUCCGGCCCAAAAAGAAAAGGAUCUACAACCCCAAGGGUUUGAUGCUGGAUUUGUGUAGCCUUGACAAGGAGACUAAGCCUUGUUAUCCCAUUUUUAUGGCACCCCAGAAAUACCUCCCCCCAUUGAGGAUUGUCCAAGCCAUCACAGCCCCCCGGUACAAAGUCCAAGAACUCCUCCCUCAGUAUAAGAAUGCAGGAGUCCUUAUCUAGACCCAAUAAAAGAUGUUGGGUUAGC